GGACGCAACCACCACCACACUGGCGCUGGCUGGGUUUCCGGUUCUGUUGUAGCAGUUUUACCCAUGAUAAUGCUACGGUGUCCGUGGCGCCAGUGAAAACAGGGACAAACUGUCGUGACAGUUGAUGAGCUUUUGUCUCCUUUCCGGUUAGAUAUUCGCUCGCAUGUUUUUGUUUUUUUAAAACCGUGUAGAGACAGUGUUUUUGUCGCAGCAGCAGCGCGUGAGUGUAUGACGCCGAGCAGCAGCAGCAGCAGCAGUCAGUCGGUGCUGUUAGCAGAGUCAAAAUGGCGUCGGUUUCCCCACCAAACGCUUGUCUAAUCCAUCUGUGAUUAUCCUCGUAGACACGUUCACACACCGGGGGGAGAAGCUUGAGAGCGUUUCGGGUUCAUACAGCGACACAGUCGAGGCACAUUUAUUUCAGCGCCAUGUCGGACUCGGAGGAGGAGAGUCAGGACAAACAGCUCAAAAUUGUCGUGAUUGGAGAUGGUGCUUGUGGGAAGACGUCACUCGCCACCAGGUUUUCACAGGAGGCCUUUGGGAAGCAGUACAAACAAACCAUCGGCCUGGAUUUCUUUCUGAAGAGAAUAAGCCUUCCAGGUAAUUUGAACGUGACCCUGCAGGUGUGGGACAUUGGAGGCCAAACGUUAGGAGGGAAAAUGCUGGAUAAAUAUGUAUACGGAGCUCAUGGCGUUCUCCUGGUGUAUGACAUCACCAACUACCAGAGCUUUGAGAAUCUGGAGGAUUGGUUCGGCAUGGUGAAGAAGGCCAACGAGGAGUCUGACGUCCAGCCUGUCAUCUCCUUGGUGGGCAAUAAAAUCGACCUGGAGCACAUGAGGACAGUGAAGUCUGACAAACACCAGCGUUUCUGCCAAGAGAACAGCCUCGUCAGUCAGUUUGUGUCGGCCAAAACGGGCGACUCGGUGUAUCUUUGUUUCCAGAGGGUUGCUGCUGAAAUUCUUGGUGUAAAGCUAAACAAAGCAGAAAUAGAGCAGUCUCAGCGUGUGGUGAAGGCAGACAUCGUGAACUACAGCCAGGACACCGUGGCCAGGACAGUCAACCCCCCACGCAGCUCCAUGUGUGUGGUGCAGUGACCUCCUCAUUUACACACACACACACACUCUUCAGUCAGUAUUCCUUACGUCAGGAGUUUUGGAGUUACUGGAUCACUCGUGUUCAGAGAGCGCUCUCUCUGUUCCUGUGUGCCAGUUGAGUGGGUGAGAUGAAGAACAGACUGUGCGGUUUUCAGGUCUUUGGUCUGUUGUUUCGGAUAUUUGGCAGAAAUCACUUUUUAGUAUGGUUCACCAAAAAAAGGAAAUGGGACCUAAUUUUUUUUACAUGCAGCUAUUACUUUACUUCAAUGAUUCAUUUUUAAUAGAUAAAAAAAGUGUUAGUAUGAAGCUGGUUGUCAACUACUAUAAUCAUUCACUCUUGUAGACGAGAGUCUUUUUUUACAUUUCAUCCUCUGCUGUUGCAAUUAGGAGCUGUUUGUCAUUGAUUAGAGAGAGUGCAGAGGAUUUCUAAAGUUACUUUAAACAUGUGUUUCGUUCAUUUCCGUCCCACUGACUGCAAUUUGCAUUCGUGGUACGAAUUUAUGGGACAUUUUGUGAAAUCUGUUUAGGUUUUAACCUGGUUUUAACAUCCGUCUUCAAUGAUGCGACCAUGGCCAGAUCUGAACGUGUUCUCAGAUCUGAUCACAGAAACCACACAUUAGUCCACAUCCCUGAUCGUCCUCAGGGUGGAUUAGACAUCGUCUCCUCGAGUGAUGUGAAAUGUUGAAUUUCCAAGUAAGAGGUAACAAACACACACAUACACACAGUAACAGGAGAGUCAUCCUUGAAUCAUUUUAAUGACAGUUUGUAUAAUCUGGCUGUGAUCGGAUCACUGAGGAUGGAAGAUAAUCCCAUGUCUGUUGUGCUCCUCAGCAGAACAGAAGAAGAAAAAGACAAUGUUUCAAUGCUAUAGUUCACUGAACUGAAUCUCUGUCUUCAAUUUGCCAAGUAGAGGCUUAUGCUAGCAGUGCUGUGACGUGAAGUGUGUGCUGUUAUUUUACGUAGAAUCAUUUCAAUUUUUCAUUUUAUUUUUUUAUUCUGUGCUUUCUUUUAUCCACAUCAUUUGCUUGUCUCUUAUAAUAUGUCUGCAAAUGUUUUACUGUUAAGUCUGUAAUCACAUUUCAAUGAUUUUUGUGUCUCAUUUUCACUGAUAGAGAGCUGAUCAGAUGCUGUAUUUAUGCAGUGUGCUAAUAACGCUGAACGAUUACGACUCAGGAAGUACCUGAGUGUUGAGGUGAGCAUGAGGUAAAAAAAGAAAUGUGCAUUUUACUAGGUCUCCACAUUAACCUUAUUCAACUGUCCGUUAUAGAACAGAAGUUUGCGUUGAAGAAAAAACAGCGACGCAUUAAAUGUUUCACAUCUUUUUGACCACAUUUUACAAACUUUGUUGUUGAGUCCACUUGGAUGUUGUACGUUUUGUCAAAUGGUGUCCUCCACUUAAUAGAUUACAGUUCUGCACUUAAAGGCAUGAUGGGAUUUAAAGUGGUGUCCACCUCCCUCUAUAUUCUGAAAUACUGUAUAUUUAAAUAUGUUUGUACUGUAUAAACAAUCCUCGCUCCAUCGCGCAUCCUGUAAACAAAUGUAUGCUUUAAAAACUUAAUGAAUGUACAGUUGGAACAUUUAGUUGAGAGUGAAACAGCAACACGGGUUUUGUUGUGUUUCUGAAUAAAAUUCUACAUGAAAACA